CGGAAGCGUUCCUGAAUCGGCCGUGACUGCUUUUCAUUCAGGCUGCGGCGAUUUAAAUCAGUUACUGUUCAGAUAUCCGUUCAUAUCGGACGCCUGAUAUAUUUGCCUGUAGACAGAUUAAAGGAGAGCAAGCAUGGCUGGUCGGCUACCGGCUUGUGUUGUUGACUGCGGCACAGGGUACACAAAGCUUGGUUAUGCUGGAAAUACAGAACCACAGUUCAUUAUACCAUCAUGUAUCGCAAUCAAAGAAUCGGCCAAGGUGGGAGACCAGGCCCAGCGCAGGAUGAUGAGGGGCGUUGAUGACCUGGAUUUCUUCAUCGGGGACGAAGCCAUCGACAAACCAUCAUAUGCGACAAAGUGGCCCAUCCGUCACGGCAUAGUGGAGGACUGGGACCUGAUGGAGAGAUUUAUGGAGCAGAUCAUCUUCAAGUAUCUGCGGGCAGAACCUGAAGACCAUUACUUCCUUUUGACAGAGCCUCCACUCAACACACCGGAAAACAGAGAGUACACAGCAGAGAUCAUGUUUGAGUCGUUCAACGUCCCGGGUCUCUACAUCGCUGUUCAGGCUGUCCUGGCGCUGGCUGCCUCCUGGACAUCCCGACAGGUGGGAGAGCGGACGCUGACGGGCACUGUGAUCGACAGCGGGGACGGAGUCACGCACGUCAUCCCGGUGGCUGAAGGCUACGUCAUCGGAAGCUGCAUUAAGCACAUCCCCAUCGCUGGCCGAGACAUCACGUACUUCACCCAACAGCUGCUGAGGGAACGAGAGGUGGGGAUACCUCCGGAGCAGUCCCUGGAGACGGCUAAAGCGGUCAAGGAGCGGUUUAGCUACGUCUGCCCUGACCUUGUGAAGGAGUUUAACAAGUACGACACAGACGGCUCCAAGUGGAUCAAGCAGUACACGGGCAUCAACGCCAUCACCAAGAAGGAGUUCACCAUCGAUGUCGGCUACGAGCGUUUCCUGGGGCCUGAGAUCUUCUUCCACCCCGAGUUUGCCAACCCAGACUUCACCCAGCCGAUCUCAGAGGUGGUGGACGAAGUCAUCCAGAACUGCCCCAUCGACGUCAGACGUCCGCUGUACAAGAACAUUGUGCUCUCCGGAGGCUCCACCAUGUUCAGGGACUUUGGCAGACGCCUGCAGAGGGACCUCAAGAGGACCGUGGACGCACGGCUGAAAAUGAGCGAGGAGCUGAGCGGCGGCAAGUUAAAGCCCAAGCCCAUUGAUGUGCAAGUCAUCACUCAUCACAUGCAGAGGUACGCUGUCUGGUUCGGAGGAUCAAUGCUGGCGUCUACUCCCGAGUUUUACCAAGUGUGCCACACCAAGAAAGACUACGAGGAGAUCGGGCCGAGCAUCUGCCGCCACAACCCCGUAUUCGGCGUCAUGUCUUAGGCGCCGGAGGGGGUGAGCGCAUUCAGCGGAGGCCGAGGAGGAAACGGAGGACGCGCCGCAAGACCUCACAUGCUGUGGAAGUCCCACGAGCCUUUGCACGGAUGCUCCGACAGACCUGUUCAUUCGCAUCGAGCGACGGUGGACCAAACAAACUGCCAAAAGAGCGGCAAUGUCCUCGCUAAUUAGAGGAAAGAGGUGACUCAGCCCAAAGGAUCCUCAAAUAAAACGUUUACUGCUAGUAGGUUAAUAAUAGGUGAUAAAUCUUUCAUUUCUGCGUGCCUCGUAUAUGUACUUAUGAUAUCCUCACAGGGUUGUAAUAUGUAAUUAAUCAACUUGAGUCCUGUAUAAAUGCACCUCUCUGUGUAUAUGGGUUGGGUUCUUGCGAUAUGUUCUAUACUCUAAAAAAAAAAAAAAAAAGGAUGGUUGUUUCAGGAAGCAGGACACAUUUAGCUCGAUGAUUUUCCUUUGAAUAAAACACCUUUUUGAUCAUCGAGGCAUCAAAUGGGUGCAAACAUACAAUCACCAGUCAAACUGACCAUUCCUGAUUGUCAUUAGUUUUCUUUUUUGUGUCAAAAAAAUGUCCAUCAGCGCCUGCAGAUGAUUAAAAGAAGAAAUAUUCUGAAUGUGUUCAGAUCAUAGUUCCUCCCAGGUUGGGCUGAGGCGUCUUUUCCCCUGCAGCACUGUGACUAAUCGUCACCGCUUUCCUUUCACCUUUUUUUUUCCUUUUAAAUUUGUAUUAAUCAUCUCUUGAACAACCUGUCUUGAGAAAAAGAAAAAAAGUCGUAUUAAUAUAUGAACAUGCAGUUUGAAUGACUGUUGUUGGACCAUCACUGUUGCCUAGAUCUCAGUUAUACUGGAUAGCCUUGUACUGUACCAAAUCUGGAUUUCAAUGCUGGCAUUCCAAUAAAUGCCAAGGAGAUAUUUC